CUAGGGCAGCCGCCCAUAAUAAAGCAAUUAACCGAGAGCGGAGCUGGGAGCUGCCAGCUCCUUCAGGAUCUCUCCCAGGGCGAGCUGAAAGGGUGCCACGGCAGACGCAGGGAGCCAGCCGCCCGCAGCCCGCCGAGCGAGAGCUUUAAAAAUGCCCCAUGAAGCGGGUGAGGAGCGUUUGCACAGCGAGGAGUACGGAGAGGGCUCAGCCAGGGAGCGCGGAUUCAUUGCAGCCCGGGCUAGAUCAGUGUCUCUCCAUUGUCAUCCUCCCCUUUAAAAAAAAAAAAAAAAAAAAGAGAGAGAGAGGGAGAGAAAAAAGUAGGCGGAUUGCAGUGACUGACUGCCCAAUGGCAGCCCCGAGUCUCAGGAGAGUUACAGAGAGAGAGAGGGAGAGAGAGAGAGAGAGGCACUUUCUGCCAUCCAAAUCCCUUAAACCAUCCUCAUUCCAACACGAGAACCCACUGUAACAACUUCCAACCACUGAGACAUGACAGGCAGGAGCCCAGAGGCAGCAGCAGCAGCGAGAGCAGCAGCAGCAGCACAUACUCUGCACAGGGAGCAGCAUUAGCACCAGGGGAAUACUAGACACAACAAUACAAACAAACAAACAAACAAACAGACAAAGCCCCCCCAAGCCCAAGGGACUGGAUUCCAACUCAGAUUCAAGCCACAGCUGACACCAAAAAGGGUGGGGAAUUACGACCAGGGGGGGCCAGAAAGGAAUAACCAAGGAAGCGAACUCCAAGAGUGUAAACGGGAUUCAGCCAUGAUCCUUUUUUCAUCUCGCAGUGUGUUACUCUCAGUGUAUUACCCUCAGAUUUUCCUCAUCCUUACCAGUGGGAGUUACCUAGCUUUGUCAUCUGUGGUGGCUUUAGGAGCUAAUAUCAUCUGCAACAAAAUCCCAGGCCUGGCCCCUCGGCAGCGAGCGAUCUGCCAGAGCCGCCCUGAUGCUAUCAUUGUGAUUGGGGAAGGGGCACAAAUGGGAAUCAAUGAGUGCCAGUACCAGUUUCGGUACGGGAGGUGGAACUGCUCCGCGCUGGGAGAGAAAACAGUCUUUGGACAAGAACUUCGAGUAGGAAGCAGGGAAGCUGCGUUCACCUAUGCCAUUACUGCUGCCGGGGUUGCACACGCUGUCACAGCCGCCUGCAGCCAGGGCAACCUCAGCAAUUGUGGCUGUGACCGAGAGAAACAGGGCUACUACAACCAGGAGGAGGGCUGGAAGUGGGGAGGCUGCUCUGCGGAUAUCAGAUACGGCAUUGAGUUCUCCCGGAGGUUUGUUGAUGCCCGAGAAAUCAAAAAGAAUGCACGGAGGCUGAUGAACUUGCACAACAAUGAGGCUGGAAGAAAGGUUCUUGAAGAGAGAAUGAAAUUGGAGUGCAAGUGUCACGGAGUUUCAGGUUCCUGUACAACUAAGACCUGCUGGACCACACUUCCUAAGUUCAGAGAGAUUGGAUAUAUUUUGAAAGAGAAAUACAAUGCUGCAGUGCAAGUGGAGGUGGUACGAGCCAGUCGACUAAGACAGCCAACCUUCCUGAAGAUCAAGCAGAUUAAGAGUUACCAGAAACCCAUGGAAACGGAUUUAGUGUAUAUCGAAAAGUCACCCAACUACUGUGAGGAAGAUGCUUCCACAGGGAGCGUCGGUACCCAGGGACGACUCUGCAACCGUACCUCUCCCAACGCGGAUGGGUGUGACAUGAUGUGCUGCGGCAGAGGGUACAACACACACCAGUACACCAAGGUGUGGCAAUGUAAUUGCAAAUUCCACUGGUGCUGCUUUGUGAAGUGCAACACGUGUAGCGAGCGGACAGAGGUGUUCACCUGCAAAUAACGGCAUCAUGUGCAAAUGAACAGAACAAAUCACCACGAGUGAAGAAAGUGGAGUACAACAAACGACGACAGCAUCAUUUUGCACAUCUAAUCUUCUUUGGGAAAAAACAACCAACCAACCAACCCACCAACCAACACCACAACAACCAAUCCCUCCCCACUACUUACACUUCUAAGGAUGGUGCAUUUUGGCUGGCUGGCUGUUGUAACUGCUUUGGAAACAAGGGCAACAGGAUUAAGGUGACGUUGACAACCACCUGAUACUUUCUCUCGCUUUUGGGUGUUUUUAACUACAAUCUGGGUGUUGUAGAUUCUCCUAGUAAGUGUUUUAAGUUACACAUAUCAGAGAAGCUGAUUGCAUUGCAGCUCCCAUGAAAUUUAAAGGAAAAAGACACUUUCUCCUGUUUUACAACAACAAAACCACCAAGCCCUGUGCAAAUAAAGACUUUUUUUUAAGGAAAUUAAAUCUUCACUGACUAGAACACAGCAGUCUUGCUGCAAAAACCUUAAUUUCUAAGCAAGCAGGUAGAGAGAAAACAACUGGUAGGGAAGCAAAAAUCUAUGGCGGAAAUACUCCACUACCAGUUUGGAAAAAAUAAAGUUCACAAAAUUACAUCAGCUGCCAGUGACACUGGAACUCUUUGAAUGAACAUUAAAAAUAAUUAUUUAUGUUUUUAAUAGUAUCAAAAAUUUCUAAGCACUAACGGGUAGCUAUGUCUUAAUUCUGUACUAAAUGUAAACUUAUUGGAACUCUGACUUUAUGAUUUUUGUAUUUGGUUCUCCCUAAGUUCUUCAAUGCUACUGAUCUGUUGUCACUCCACUAUUAGAGAGUUCAAUUACUGUAGGCCUUAAGCAAUUACCAGAACUGAGCAAAAAGAUCACGCAAAACUGUGGUUACAAAUGCUUGAUAAAGACUUUUCUCGUUUGCCUCCUGAAUAAGAAUGACUCUUUUUAGACUCAGGCUUGAGGUGCGGAGCACCUGCUCUCAGCUCCUUGUAGGGAGUUUUGGGAUACAAAGGCACGCUUCAACAAAUAUCAAAGGUUUUGCUUUGCUGUUGAAUGCACUGGCAGGAUCUUCCAAGCGUUGCCUUUAAUGGUUGAAAGUUAAUAUUACCAAUAGUUUUAAAUAACUUAGGCUCAGUACGAACUGAGAAGGUAAUAAAAAUAUGGUAGCCGAGCUCUAGGUUGCUGCAACCUGUGAGCUGUGGUGGCUUCACAAGCAUAAGAAAGCUAAAAUUUGGGUUAGUCUGUGUCGUCGUUAUUCUAAGGUUGGCAGUAACAUACCCCCAGUAAAUACAUUUAUGUUAAGAAAGAAGCUGACUUUUUACACCAGCACUCAAUCGUAAUUCACACACCUUUUCCCUAUGAGAAAUUUUUAAAAAAAAAUCCUCAGAUGUUUUACUACUGUAAAAUCUAGUGGUUUUAACCCCAAGAGCCAGAUAAGCUCACUUAUAAUACAGCAAAUUUUAUCACAGAAAUGUUUGCUUGUAGCAAGGGUCCCUACCUGAUUUUCUGAAAACCCGGAUUAAAAAUUACCUAACGUCUACAUAUCUGCAUUUCUAGCUUUUGUUUCAUUUUAUUACUUUUAUUGACGGGCUGCACAGCCAUGAGCCCUCCCCACCUGACAUGGGAGCACUUCCCACGCCACAUAGUGCUCUUGGGGCAAGGGGCUGGUGGAGCUACUGCUCCACCGGUUCCCAUGCUGGAUAUGCGAAUGAGCCAGGCUUACCUCCAUAAUUUAUGGACCUGUAUUAUCAAAAGUAACUCAUGACCUGGGGACCAUUGUUUGAACACUCAUGAGGACCUGCCUUUCUGACCCCAAGCACUUACCCUCUGAAAAUCAGACCCCUUUGAUGAGUCUCCCAUGGAACAAUCCAAAACUCAAGAGCUCACUUUUUUCGUUGUUGCUGUUGGUUUCUAAAUACCAGCUAGAAAUCCAAACUUGGUCUCGGUGUGAACGAGUGCAACUCCACAGAAGUCAACAGGGGCCCCCACAAUUGCUAGGGUCACUCCAUAUAAUUUAAAGUCCCUUUGAUUCAUGGCUAUUGUUGUUGAAUAAUAGUGAUAUACUGUACUUUCACUACAUUCUUGACAGGAAGCAAAUAAAGCUCCCAAGCACAGUAAUGCACAGUCUUAUGGUACUAGAUACUGUAAAUAUAUUAGAAUAGUAUUUGUUAAGUACAAUUGAGGAAUCCAAUUAAGUUAUAUUAUUGUAUAUCGUUUAAAUGUCUAUAGAGUAUUUUAAAUUAUUGUGAACUACACUGCGUUAAAAAAAGAAAAAAAAAGGUUAUAUAUUAUAACACCAACCACUCUGAAAAGUGGACCAAAGUGACACUUUCUCUUGUUUUUUUCACAUACCCCUAUUUCCAAUAGCUCUGUCAGCUAUUGUAACACCAUGGUAACAGCCCUGGAUUAGCUGUCUAGAAUGUAACGUUUCAGAGCAUCCUAUAAAAGCUUUGCUCGUGUGGAGGUGCAGCAUUCAGAAAGGUGCUGUAUGGCACAAAGCAGGGGCUGACCACAGAAAUACAUGGACUUUGAACUAUGUCCCAAGAAAAAGCAGUUUGGUCAGAAAACACCAUUACCACUAAUGUACUGAAACAUCCCCCCCCAAAAGGGAGACCUUUUAACGAAGGUGUCUAUUAUGAAAGUGGGUUACACAGAACUUUUAUUUUAAAAAAUGUAGUUUGACGUCAAAGAACUGUGACAAUAGAGGUUUGAAUGCGACCAGCAACACAAUGUGGUUUAACAAUGCCUUAGCCAUGACAAAACUCAAAAUACUGUAUGUUAUUAAAGAAUUUAAGAGCAAAGAUCAAUGUGUUUACUAUGUUAAUGUUUUAUGGCAAGCAGAAAACAAAAGAUGAAAUGCGUUUCCAUUAAAACUUAAUUUUUUU